AUGGCUUCCGGCGGGCGGCCCGCCCCGGAGACGUCCGCCUCGGAGAUAAGAUCCGUCCGGCGUCCAGGUGAGAGUCCGGACGAAAGUCUGGGCGAAACAGUCCUUCGCUGUCUUCUCCCGCCGCCUCCGUGGAAUGUCUCUCUCCCCGCUGCGAUCCGGAGAAGUUUCCCGGAGGCUUGCCUGCACGGAGCGGUCAGUCUCCCGGAGCCGUCGUGGACCAGACCAAUGCGGGGGGCAAUGUGGCCUCGGCCAGCCGCGCGCCCCGCCCCCGGCGCCGCUCUGGGGCCACCGCCCCCGUCGCCCCCAGUUCCCAGCCGGCCCGGGCUGGUGCCGAGCGACUGGGGAGGCGUCCUGGACGAGCGCCAGCUGGACGCCCACCUGGCCCAGGCCCAGGGCCGCGAGGCGCGCCUGUGGCUGGGGGGCCGACUCCAGCAGGUGGAGAUUUGUGAAGCUUUCCAGGAAGUCGUGUUGGGGCUCCUGAGAGUUGAGAACAUCUUUGACUUCUCCCAGACCACUUUUAACCUGGCCCUCACUAUCUUCAGCCGCCUCAUAGUUUCAGUAAAGAUAAAAAAGUGUUUACUCCAUUGUGUUACAAUUACUUCCUUGAGACUUGCUGCAAAAGUUAAUGAAGAAGAGGAGUUAAUUCCACGCAUAAAAGACUUCAUAAAGCACUAUGGCUCUGGCUAUUCCCCGAAUGAGCUGCUGAGGAUGGAGCUGGCUAUUUUGGACAAACUUCACUGGGACCUCUACAGUGGGACACCGCUGGACUUCUUGACCAUAGUAAGUACGAGUCUACCCUGGACUCGCUGUGCCUUUAGAACAGCUGUUCACAACAUAGGAUGGCAAAGCACACGUCCUUGCAUAUGCAGCACAGUGAGGUGA